CACAAGGCCAAUUAUGUUGGCCGAUGAAGUCCGUCUGCAAACAACGAGGGCAAGAUACGCGCGUGAACUUUGGGCGAGGACAAUGGUUUGAACUUUUGAUGUUCGCAGGUGGACUUUGUGAUAUGUGGCAAGAAACAAACAGCCAGAGCUCUUAUCACCGCUGAUGAAGCAGUCUCACGAUCAACUACAGGAACUGCACCGUUACUGUGAACCUAAAUCCAUCAACUCAAGAUGCCAGACGGAGAACCAUUGGAACCCUUCUACGUUUCGAUCAUAAUGACACUCCUGACAGGGGUCACGAGGGUGUACGACGUGCUCACCUACAUCCCCUGCUAUCUCGUGGCGUCUGCCUUCCGGCAGCGGCGCGACCGCGCCAAGGCUACCAACAUGGGCGUCGACUGCUCGGGGCCGUAUCGGGACUCGGCACACCCACAUCAGCUGACCACCCAUCCCCACGAGAAGUACCCGACCUUGGACGCCGAGUUUGAGCACGUGACAUACAAGUACGGCAAGAUGCCCUGCCUGGGGACGCGGGAGAUUUACAAGGAGGAAGAUGAGAGGCAACCCAACGGGAAAUUCUUCAAGAAGUUGGUCAUGGGUGAUUACUUGUGGCAAACUUAUGAGGAAGCCUUCACUGCCGCCGACUGCUUCGGGCGUGGCCUGCGCAGCCUGGGGCUCCAUCAUAGGGAAAACAUCCUCAUCUUUGCUGAAACUAGAGCCGAGUUCCUUAUCGUCCAGGCUUGCUUCAGGUACGGUUUCCCUGUGGUGACGCUGUAUGCUACACUGGGAGAGAAAGCUAUCACUCACGGCAUCAAUGAGACAGACAUUCGCUUUGUUAUCACCAGUGCAAGUCUUCUGCCCAAGUUUAAGGCAAUUCAGAAGGACAUACCUAGAGUUGAGACUAUCAUCUACAUGGAAGACCAGCUAUCCAAUCCAAACACCAGCAAUGUCCCCAGCGAAAUGAAAGUGUACGCUUUCAGAUCAGUCAUCAAACUUGGGGAAUCGGACACAGACAAAACGCGCAUUCGGCCCAACCCUGAAGAUCUUGCCCUCAUUAUGUACACCAGUGGCUCCACUGGUGUCCCGAAAGGCGUCAUGAUGUCCCACCGGAACAUCAUGUCCAUGGUGUCAGGUGCCAAGAACAGAAUACCUAGCUCAAGUGGCGACCCGCAUGCGAUUGCGGACGAGACUUGCGUCUGCUUCCUGCCCUUGGCGCACAUCCUGGAGGUGGUCUUGGAGUGCACCCUGCUCUCCCUGGGCUUCCGGCUGGGCUACUCGUCCCCGCUCACGCUGACGGACAUCUCCAGCAAGGUCAAGCGGGGCACCAAGGGGGAUGUGACCGUGCUGAAGCCCACCGUCAUGGCCACUGUCCCCCUCAUCAUUGAUCGUCUCUACAAAGGAGUGAUGGACAGAGUCAACAGCAGUUCCCCCUUGCAGAGGGCGCUCUUCAAGUUUGCCUACGAGUACAAGUUGAAACACAUCGAGCAAGGCUUUGACACACCCAUCUUUAACAUAUUGAUUUUUUCCCGGCUGAGCCGCAUGCUGGGCGGCAGCAUGCGCUUCAUGUUGAGUGGGGGCGCUUCGCUGUCGCACAGCGCCCAAAGCUUCAUCCAGUGCUGUUUCUGUACUUGCAUCACGCAGGGCUACGGACUUACGGAGACGUGCGGGGCCGGCACUGUUGGCGAACCUGGUGAUUACGUUACACGCCACGUGGGACAGCCUCUAUCCUGCUGCGAGAUCAAGUUACUGGAAUGGCCAGAAGGUGGUUACACCCCCGAGGAUAAGCCCAACCCCCGGGGGGAAAUCUUGAUAGGCGGGGGUAACGUCACCAUAGGUUACUACAAGAAUGACGCCCUCACUGAGGAAUACUAUAAGAUUGUCGACGGCCAACGGUGGUUCUUCACUGGAGACAUCGGAGAAAUGCUGCCAGAUGGAACUCUUAGAAUUAUUGAUCGCAAGAAGGACCUCGUCAAGCUCCAGACCGGAGAGUACGUCUCCCUGGCAACGAUAGAGACGGUCCUCAAGAAAUCUCCCUAUGUGGAGAAUAUCUGCAUCUACGCGGAUGGCGACUUUGACUAUUGCAUAGGGCUGGUGGUGCCCUACCGGAGUAACCUGGAGGCUGCUGCCAAAGAGCAGGGUCUGUUUGGCAAGUCAUUCGAGGAGAUAUGCUCAAGCAAGAGUGUGGAGCAAGUGGUUUUGGUCUCCAUGGCAAAGGUUGCUAUGGAAGGCAAACUUCAGAAGUGGGAAGUCCCUCGCAAAGUUAAGUUGUGCACAGAGAUCUGGCUACCGGACAGUGGGCUAUUGACCGACGCUUUCAAGCUGAAACGGCGCGCCCUGUCGGAAUACUACAAGGACACUAUCAAGGAAAUGUACAAUUAGUGGAAUGGGAGAGUUCGGCUUGUACACUGCAGAGAUCUCGAUGGAACUGCAGAAUAACUAUAUAGGUUUUUUUCACACAGUUUCCAACCAUUAAUGACAGUCCAGAGCAUAUAGCAAGUUGGAGUGAUGAUCAUUUGUCAACCACUGGCCUUUUUUCUCCAGUACCCAGGAUGCAUUUUGUACAUAGCCUACUAGGGAAAUUUGACCAGCUUGUAUAGAAUGUAGCAUUUCUGAAAUGCUAGGUUAAAUGAGUGCGUGCAAACUGGUGAAACAGUGUCUCUGACACUGGUUCCCAGCCUUUCAAAGUCUAUAGCACAGUGGGGGAACCAGCUUACUGACCUCUUAGGCCUGCUUCAUGACAUGUGAGCCUAUGGAAUGCUACGCAGCUAGCAGCCGCAGCCACUCACCAUAGACUUGUAUGUUACACCCAACCGCAGCCACUUGAGUGGGACGUGACCACCCCUCGAUGUUGUUUUUUUGCAAAACUCCGUGCAUGCCAUUCAGAGAAACUCAACUUAGUCAGGGCCACGACACACAUCCUGUGGGACUUAGAUUGCACAGCAGUGCAAUUUUGAUCUCGUUUUGCAAUUGAUUAGAUGCUUCUCUGUAUUUUCAGUCACCCAUAUUGUAUGCAGAAAGCUUGUGUUUUCAAGAAUGUCAAAUGGAAACGGCUGUAAGGCUUCUUGUAGACGUGGAGUGUUCUGAACUGAGUGUGUGCCGUUUUUCACACUGCUUUUGUAGCAAUGGUUGCAAAUUAGGAUUGACAGUUUCACCGUCAGCAGCAGGACAAAAGCGUUUUUAAGUGCAUGAAAAAUCAGGUUUGAAAUUUGCAUAAUCUUAUCAAAUGCGACUUUACCCCUGUUACAGUGAUUUUGAUUUUUGCAAAUGAAAUUUACUAUCAUGCAACAGAACGUAAAUUUUGUUCAAAUCAAAGUGGUGCUAAAUAAUGCUGUAAACAUUUUACCUAUUUCUUAACCAGAAGAAACAGUUACUGUAUCAUGCACUGAAAUUGUAAAAAUCACAUUUAAUUUUUAACCAUUUGAAAUCAAUGUAAAUCAAAUCAAAUUCUAAUUUCGAAGCUCAAAGUACAUUUUGCUUAGCUGCCUUACUCAAGAUGAUUUUUAUAUAACUUAGAUAAAUUUCUCUAAAACAUAAGUCACGAUCAUAAUUAGGUAAAUUGUUUUGCGCAGAAUAAAAAAUAUUUCUUAUGACAAGGAGCAUUCAGCUUUUGGCAGGGUUUCUGCCUCCGAGUAAAAUUGGCCGGCCACCCCAGCCUAGCAAGAAAGGUGGUUGAGUGGUAAAGAUGCCUGCGCUGGUGACUGGGUGGUUUAGGGUUCGAUUCCUGCACAUCGACCCAAGCAGCAUUCAGAAUCCAAUACAUGUACUUUUCUGUGAAGGAAAACGAUCUUGAAUUAAAAUAUUCAGAGUCCUACCGGAUACGCCGAAAUUUGAAGAUGAAAGUUAGGGAUCAUUUUCACUUAUCAUUCCCAACAUGAAUGGUACACAUCCACUCGAGUGAUGCAAGAAAAACUUAUUAGCUGACUCGGGAGUAAUUUGCUGCAGUGACGUCUUUUUUUAUUAAAGCAAUUCACUUUAAUCUUCGGGGCAGCUAAAGAGAGAGAGGCCAAUUUUACACAAAGUCAUAAGCAGUCUGUGUCGGGUGCAGCUCUUCUGAGUGGGCCGAGCGAUACUACUCAGUCUGAUACUGUCAUAGUUGAGGUAGACUUACAGAUGAGUCACUCAGUCUCAGACAUCUGGUGACUGCCACAGUGCUGGAGUCAUUUCCAAUCCCCGUUCAUGGCUAAGACAAAAAGUAAGCUGGUCAGGUUCACCUGGGUCCAAUACUUUGCCAAACGGCUUAGGAUUUGACUUGUGUACUGUGUGGUCAAAGGUGGCGUAGGGCUGUGAGCAGAUCUUGCGUCUGGAGCUAGGCUUAGGUCUACCUGUUUGUCCUGCAGUAACAUUCCGAGUAGUAUGACAAAGCCAUCUCAGAAAGAGCUGGCACAAGAUAUCCUUAGCUAAAUACUUGCUAACUUUAUGAACAUUUACCGUACACUUUUAAGUGUUACUAUCACGGCUAUGGAGGUGCAUUCAUCAGCGUUCAUCGGUCAAUUACAAGUUAUUUAUCAUAUGGGUAUUUUAACUAUAUUUCAAGCAGAGUUACUUUAAUAGACGGGUAAGCUUGAAAUACUUCUGAGAAGUUUCUAAACUUUCAGGUCCCAAAACGUGUCACUCGUGGACAGCGGUUUCAUCCGGGAUUACAAGUGUCCUAAGAACGUGUUACCGCUUGCAAACCAAGAGUGCUAAAACACCACAAAACGGUAGGAUAUCUGAAUCCGAAUGAGUGAACAUUUCCCCCCCCCCAAAAAAAAUUGAGAAACACUUAAACCAACAAUUCUCCCAGUAACUGUGCCACACCAGCCAACAAUACUACAACAUGGAUCAUAUGGGAUAUACCAAAGCCAUUUAGUAUUCUACACUUUUUUUUUAAACACCUAAACACUUUUUACAGAAUAAAGCUACAGUCACUAUCUUUACAUAUUCAUAAGUUAUUAAACUGUUGAUUUUCUUUCUAAUGGAGCUGUACCUUUGAGAUCACUCCAUUGGGAAGGAGGCUCAUUUUCCUAAUGAGAGCUUACACUUUGUUCAACGUUCAAUUCAACCUCUAAACAUUCAGAUGUCCUAUGUGCUGAGGUCUUGGUAUGCCCUGUCCAAUCAAAUUUACAAGCUAGCUGGAAAGGUCACCAUUGUUAGCGUGGGUGCAAGUUUAGAUUUUUAAAGUUUUCCCAAAAAGUCCUCUCCUGGAAAUUUUCAUCCAUCCAAAAAUGAGAACAAACCCUCCCCUCCUGUAAUGAUUGGAAUGGUCCAACUCACGCACUUGGUCUUUCCAGAGUUAGGCGUUUCUGUGGAUGUUAUC